AGCAAAGCAAAAUAUAAACAUUCUCACAUGUUUAUUUUUAAUGUUUGGAUUUAUUGGUUAGCUUUUUUAAUUUUAUACUUGAUUAUUUAGGCAGUUUUUUUUCUGUUCAAGAUGAGGUUUGGACAAUUAGUUUUGGGACCUGCUGGUAGUGGUAAAUCAACUUAUUGUUCAGCUGUUGUGAAACACUGUGAAGCCCUUCGUCGAAAAGCUCAUGUUAUUAAUCUUGAUCCUGCUGCUGAACACUUUGAAUACGAGCCGAUCAUUGAUAUACGAGAGAUAAUUCAAGCUGCUGACCCGAUGGAGGAUGAAGAUUUACACCUUGGACCUAAUGGUGCCUUGAUAUACUGUAUGGAAGAGUUUAUGAAUAAUCUUGACUGGCUGCAGGAAAGAUUAGAAGAAGGAGAUGAGGAAUACAUUUUAUUUGACAUUCCUGGUCAGAUUGAGUUGUUCACUCAUUUUGAUAUAAUUGCUCGUUUGGUGAGAUUUCUCAAGGAGAAUCUAGACUUUCGCUUGUGUGGAGUAUUCCUUCUAGAUGCCCAGUUUGUCACUGAUUUGGGCAAAUUUUUCUCUGGAUCGUUUGCAUCUCUAGCGACUAUGAUCAACUUAGAAGUUUCCUUUGUUAGUCUAUUAUCAAAAACUGAUUUGCUCAGUGAAGCUCAAAGAAAUGAUCUUGAUAAUUUUUUUGACCUGGGACCUGAGCUUUUACAAGGUGAUGACUUUUUAAAUAGUGAAUGGGCAGCAAAAUAUCGCCAGUUAACCAUGGCUAUCGCAUCAGUACUCGAUGAAUAUAGUUUGGUCAAGUUUUUGCCGUUCAACAUCAACGAAGAAGAACUGAUUUCUGACGCUUUAGUGGUUAUCGAUGAUGUUUUACAAUGGGCUGAAGAACAAGAUGUUAAAAUUAAUGAUUUCGACCCACCAGAAAAUGCAAACGAUUAGUAACCAUAUCAAUGAAUUCACAAACGUUUAAAAUGGUGUAAAUAAUAACCUUUAUUUUUCUAUUGUGAAACUGUUUCCAAUUUUGCCGAAAAAUUUCCGAAAAAAUAUGGAAUAAACAAUUUAUCUAAUUUA